CGAGCGUACUUCACGGUGGUCUUUGACAACGCGCUCAAGCAAGCGGCAGGGAAAAGUUGCUCACUCCGGGAUACGGAGGUGGCAAGAUAGCCCUUGAGUUCGAGGCCAGCCUGAGACUCCACGCAUUCCCUGGUUCGAGGACGCGCUGGACCCACACGGGGAAGCAACUCGCCCUGAAACAGCCCGCCAGCCUUCCACGAGCCCUGCACCUUUAAACGUGAACUCCAUGCAAAUCGGACCUCGGAGGCACCACCCACAUCCGUGUAACAUCACUUCCUUCUGAGUUUUGGGGGCGGGGGAGGGGAUCGGGGACCUCCGGGGCCUGGAUUUGAGCCGCUGCGCCCGGGAGGCAGUCGCCGCCGCCGCCGAGAUGGCCACCUGUUUGCUGGGCUUCGCCCUGCUGCUCCUCGUCGCCUGCUCGGAUGGACACAGCGGGCUCGGAAAGGGAUUUGGAGAUCAUAUUCACUGGAGGACUCUGGAAGAUGGGAAGAAGGAAGCGGCUGCAAGUGGAUUGCCCCUGAUGGUGAUUAUCCACAAAUCCUGGUGUGGCGCUUGCAGGGCUUUAAAACCCAAAUUUGCAGAAUCUACAGAAAUUUCAGAAUUGGCUCAUAAUUUUGUUAUGGUAAAUCUGGAGGAUGAAGAGGAGCCCAAGGAGGAAGAUUUCAGCCCUGAUGGGGGGUAUAUUCCACGAAUCCUCUUCUUGGACCCCAGCGGCAAGGUGCAUCCUGAGAUCAUCAACGAGAGUGGAAACCCCAGCUACAAGUAUUUCUACGUCAGUGCUGAGCAAGUUGUCCAGGGGAUGAAGGAGGCCCAGGAGAGGCUGACCGGGGACGCCUUCAGAAAGAAACACAUUGAAGAUGAGUUGUGACACCACCGAGUCUCUUCCUGCAUCCGAGUUCCUCUUGGGGAAGGAAAGCAGCAGCGGAGAGAAUCGCCCAGAACAACUGAACCGCCCGGAAGCCCGGCUUCCACCCUCCCCCCCGGGUCGAGCUGUCCCUGCGGGCAAGCCUGCUGUCCCUGUGUCGGAGGACCCGGCAGCACGUGGCCGACUCUCUCCCGCUCCCUGUCCCCUAAAUGUCCAUUGCCUCUGACUGUAAACAAUGAAACUCUGCCACACAAAACAUGAGCCAUUUGGAGAUUUCACUCCUCCCAUGUCAGUGUUUGAGUCUUGACCCACUUCUUCCUGCUCUGCCGUGAAAGGAGACGGAUAUAGCACCUUUUCUAUAGCGUCAAAAUUUCAGGAAUACUUUAUCAAUUUUUUUUUCUUGUUUGCUUUUAAUAAAAAAAUCAUAAAUAGAAACCACCAGCCAAUCUUUCUCCUGCUCUCUUGGAAAUACUCUGGGGCUUCCAGAAUCCUUGCAGCCUCCAUCCCUCCUACUCAGUCUUGGGCAGUCUUUCCAGUUUGCACAUGCGUGUGUGUGUGUGUGUGUGUGUGUGUGUGUGCGCGCGCACGCGUAGGAAUGGCUGUGUGCUUGGAUGGAGCCCGGGCUAGAAGCAUGCUUUCCCUGUUAGUGUUGGACAAACUCAAACCCCUGUGGAGCCUUUUUUUUUUUUUCUCAUCAACUGUAUUUUUGUACUGGGAUUAACAGAAAAUAUAAGAUGAAAUAUUGUUUGAUUGAACUUUAAUAAAACUUUAAAAGGAAA